AUGAUAUUUAUCUACUUCUGUGUCCUACCGGAGCUAGCAAUUGACGAAGUACAAGCCAUCGAGCGUCUAAAGCAUCAAGCUAGUCAGUUUAUCACCUCUGACCGCCAAGCCAUUCUAGCAAUCGACUCUAUGAGGCGCGUAUACCUGCAGUGGUACCAUUCUGCGCCUAUUGGCUUCGAACUAUUCCAGCUGCAAAAACCUUUGCUAAUACCUCUUUCACAAGUCGGCCUUUUUCCUUGCAUGCCGACAUUUCGACGACGGUUGGAGUUUAUAGUUUAUCACGAAAAAUAUGGAAGACAAUAUCCACAUCACGUUGAGUGGUAUCACAAGCCGGCCCACAUCUAUCGCGGGAUGCCUAAAUCCCUGCGCCAGUUGAUAUCAGCAGGUCGAAAAGCCUCCCACAAAAACGAAAAUUGCAUGAGUUGUAAUUUGCAUCCCUAUCAAGUACGACCAUUUGUACUGGACAUAAAGCGAUAG